AAGUAUGCAUAUACAUUUUUUUUUUUUUACACAUUUACAGAAAGGGCACAGGUACAACAGCAGCUACGCAACUGCACUGCGCACAAUUCUGGGCACACGGCAGUUUCUUCUUCGCCCGAACGCGCCCCCACCCUGUGGGCCUGUCAGGCUGGUCAGCUGCAAUGUGAGCAGCUGCAGAACGCAGCACGGUGCCACUGCAUCGGCGGAGCGAUUCACUUCAAACGCGGCGGCGGCGGCACAAGAGAACACAGAGCAGUCUGGCAACUGUGAGGCCGGUGUAACCUCUCCGCGGUCGUCAGGCGAAUCAGCCGUCUGCUGCCAUCGUGUGGUUGACUUCUGGCACGUUAGAACACCCAAACAGGGCGAAGCGCAGAUGAUGAAGGACGGGAAGCUGUUCCGAGUGAUUGAGGAAAAUUGCUGGGACGCGAACGCACGCAUACGAGACAUGGAUCAACACGGCGUGACAGUUCAAGUCCUUUCUACUGUUCCUGUGAUGUUCAGCUACUGGGCCAAACCCCAUGACGCGCUGGACCUCUGCGUCAUUUUGAACGACAAUUUGGCCGAGACGGUGCGAAGCAACCCAAAGCGGUUCGUGGGCCUGGGAACGCUGCCCAUGCAAGCUCCCGACUUGGCCGUGCUGGAGAUGAGGCGCUGCGUGAGGGAGCUGGGCUUCCCUGGGGUGCAGAUUGGCUCACAUAUCAACAACUGGGACCUCAACGCCUCUGAACUCUAUCCCUUCUACGCUGAAGCCGAGGAGCUGGGCUGCUCCAUAUUCGUUCACCCGUGGGACAUGCAGACAGAUGGGAGGAUGGCUAAGUAUUGGCUGCCCUGGCUGGUGGGCAUGCCCUCCGAGACAACCAUGGCUAUUUGCUCCAUGAUAUUUGGAGGUGUCUUCGAGAGGUUUCCUAAACUGAAAGUCUGCUUUGCUCACGGAGGUGGCACUUUCCCGUUCACCAUUGGCAGAAUUGAACACGGCCACGCAGUCCGCCCAGACCUGUGUGCUAUCGACAACAGCAUCAGUCCACGAAAAUACCUCGGCUCUUUCUACACCGACUCCCUAGUUCACGAUCCGACCUCCCUGAAGCUGCUUGUCGAUGUUAUUGGAAAAGAUAAAGUGAUGCUGGGCACAGAUUAUCCAUUUCCCCUGGGAGAGCUACAGCCUGGAUCACUGAUUGAGUCAAUGGAUGAGUUUGAUGAUACACUAAAGGAUAAAAUGCUUGCUGGAAAUGCACUGGAAUUUUUGGGACUGAAACGAGAGCAAUUUGAGUAACUGAGUGGAAUACAACUGCUGUAACCAGUUAUUCAUGGCAAACCCUUUAUUCUAACAUGCCUCUUCCAAAGAUUCAAAACAUUGUGACGCUUGUUUGGUAGAUGUAACCAAUCUCAUUUUAUCACAUAAUAAAGUAUUAUAUAAUAAUACUAUACUAUAUAUUCAAUAUAAUAAAGUAUUUUAUUGUCAGCGUUU